AUGCUUCAACGAAUACACCCACCGAAGCAAAGCACCUCACAGUUUCCCCAGCCAGAAAGCUCCUGGGCGACGGGUUACGCGAGGUCCGGCGUACACGUCUAUUCUGUAAACGACGAUGUGGCCAUGGGCUACCGAGGAUGGCGAAGGACGACGUCAUCCAAGGAUCGUUUUCAGGGAGCAACGGUCAAGAGGCACCUUAAGGAAGCGAUGAGCAAUAAUCUUGCCAGUCAGGGACAGGCUGGAGAAUCCAGCGAGACGCCUGCGGGGUAUUACGAUGAUGGUACCCCGUACUUCUGGUCAGGAAGCUCUCAAACGUAUUAG